GCGACAACAAUACAUAAUUGAAUUAUUGAAGUAAUUAGCUGUAAUGGUCCUCCCGAUCCACUUUGCAAUAAAAAUAACGAAAAGAAACUCGGAAUACGAGUUAACUUCACUGUAAUCUAUGAUCAGAUCCAGAUUUUGACCUUGCCAUCAAAUUUCUUUCACCACAACCUUCAUUCGUUCAGAAAAAAACCAUCCGAAAUAGUGUUUCCAUCAGCGAAGGAAGAAAUUUUAGAAAUGGCAGAGGGCAUUUUGUUCGAUCUUACUAGAAAAUUGUUGGAGGCUCUGGUAUCGUUAGCAGCAGAAGAGCUUGGAGCAGCAUGGGGUUUGAAAGAGGAAAUCGAUAAGCUGGAAAAAACUGCUUUGACUAUCAGAGCAGUGCUACAUGAUGCGGAAGAUCAACGCAACAGAAACAAUCACCAAGUACUUCUCUGGCUUAAAAAUCUUAAGGAUGUGCUUUACGAUGUGGAAGACUUGUUGGAUGAGUUCUUUUGUGAUGCUCUUCGGCAGAAAAUAGUGGCAGGCGAUGGCAAGCUGAAAAAGGUACGCCUUUUCUUCUCGAAAUCAAACCAACUUGCUUAUGGUCUCAAGAUGGCUCCUAAAGUAAAAGCCAUUAGAGAGAGACUACAUGCUAUUGCAGCUGAUAGAGACAAUUUUCAGCUCAGUAACUGCCCUGUAAAGACACCAAUUGAAAUUAGGGAGAGGGACCAAACAUAUUCCUUUGAGCGUUCUGAAGAAAUAAUUGGAAGAGAUUAUGAUAAAAACAAAAUUGUACAACUGCUGCUGGAAUCAGAACCAAAACAAAAUGUUUCAAUUGUUCCCAUAAUAGGCAUCGCAGGACUAGGAAAGACCACGUUAGCUAAAAUGGUGUUCAAUGAUGAAAAGCUUGGAGAUCAUUUCGAGCUAAAAAUGUGGGUUUGUAUUUCGAAAAAGUUUGAGUUAAAAGUCAUUGUGGAGAAAGUCAUUGAGGCCGCGACUAAGACAAAGCCUGAAAGGGUCCUUCAGCUGGAAACACUGCAACAUCAUCUUCGAGACAGCAUUAAUAGAAAGAAGUACUUGCUGGUUCUUGAUGAUGUGUGGAACGAUGAUCCUGAGAAAUGGCGCAAUUUACGGAAUCUGCUAUCAGAUGGUGCGAGAGGAAGUUGGAUUGUUAUCACUACACGCAGCGAAUUGGUUGCAGAAAUCACAGGCACUGUUCCACAUCAUAAUCUUCAAGGUCUGUCAAGAAGUGAAUCUUGGUCUCUAUUGAAGCAAACGGCCUUCAAAGAAGAAAGUCGAGAAUCUAAUAAUUCACGCAUAGAAGCGAUUGGAAUGGAGAUUGUAGACCAGUGUAAAGGGGUCCCUCUUGCCUUGAGGGCAAUAGGAAAUAAUAAAGUACAGAAGCAGAAUGGGUAAAGGUGAAUAAAAAUGUACAUAAAUAUCUAACUCAUGAAGAAAAUGGCAUCAUGCCAAUUUAAAGUUGAGUUAUGAUCAUCUUCCAUCGCAUUUGAAACAAUGUUUUGCUUACUGCUCUUUAGUCCCAAAGGGUACUUCGUUUCCGGUGCUAGAUUUGAUCAAGCUUUGGAUGGCCCUAGGGUUUAUCCAGCCCCUAAGUGAAGACGAAGAUCUUGAAGACGCCGGCUAUGAGUAUUUCAAGUAUCUGGUUUGGAGAUCAUUUCUUGAUUGUGAAUCAAUGGAUUAUUUAGGUAAGUGUUGGUUCACAAUGCAUGAUCUCAUGCAUGAUCUUGCAUACUCUGUUGCUGGAGAAGAGUAUUGCAUUGUGGGUUUGAAAACAGAAAAUGUAAAUGGAAGAAGUCGCCAUGUUUCAUUUGACGCUCAUUUAGUUUCCCCUUUGGAAAUUCGGAACACCUUACUUAGAGCAACCAAAGUGAGGUCUUUUGCUGGAAAUAUGAAUUUGCCAUUGUUUCUUCAGUAUUAUAUCGCUCCAAUAGCCAAUUGUAAGUAUCUGCGCAUGUUGGAUUUGUCUGGCUCAAAUAUUAAGAUGUUACCGCAUUCCACUGGAAACUUGAAGCAUCUAAAGGCUCUUUAUCUUUCUAAUAUUAAAUCUCUAUUAAAAUUGCCUAGUUCAUUGCCGAGGCUUCAACUCUUGGAAACAUUAGAUCUCGAUUGGUGCAGUAGCCUUAGAACAUUGCCGAGCAAAACAAGCAGAUUAGUCAGCCUCAAGCAUCUUCAACUUGAAGGUUGUGCUGAAUUGGAUUACAUGCCACGUGGACUUGGGAAACUAACUCGCCUGCAAAAAUUAUCUUGGUUUGUUGUGGGGAGAACAACAGGUAAGAAUGUUGGUCAGUUAAGCUAGUUAAAUGAGCUGAACAAACUUGAAGGAAAGCUGCAUAUGUUAGGUUUACAAAAUGCUAUUGCGAAGCAGGGAUAUACAUACUUGAAAGACAAACUGAAUUUGAAAUCCUUAGUAUUGGAGUGGGGGUGCAGGGGAGGUGAGGAUGAAACGGUCCUUGAAUGCCUCCAACCACACCAAAUCUAGAGAAGCUGCUGGUGAUAGGGUAUCCAGGAAGCAAGAUGUCAAGCUGGUUGUCUUCAAUCACGAAUUUAAGUGAACUAAUAUUAGACGGUUUUGCUAAUUGCCAGCAUCUGCCACCAUUGCAUCAGUUGUAUUCCCUCAAAGUUAUUCAGCUUUCAAGAUUAGAAGCUUUGGAGAAUGUUUCAGAGACUGAAAUGCAAGAAGAGUUGGUUUCGGGGAAAUCAACAACAAUAUUUUUUCCAUCCUUGGAAGAACUACAGAUAGAUGAUUGCCCAAAUUUUAAAGGAUGGUGGAAGGGUGAUGUUGGUGAAGCUUCAAAUCCACACUUGCCGUGCUUUCCUUGCCUUUCACAUUUAACUAUCAAUCAUUGCCCUAAUCUAACCACUAUGCCAUUGUUUCCAUCUGUUACGGAGUUGGAGUUGAAAAAUACCAGCUCAAAGCCAUUCCAAGAGACAAUGAAGUUGAAGCUGACAAAAAUAGAAGCACCAUCAUCAAUUCUAGAUCCUCGCUCCAGACUGGAAUAUCUGUACAUUGAUGAGGUCAAAGAUCUUGGUUCUAUGUCAUCAUUGCAUCAGUUGUAUUCCCUAAAAGUUAUUAGGCUUUCAAGAUUAGAAGCUUUGGAGAAUGUUUCGAAGAUUGAAAUGCAAGAGGAGUUGGUUUCAGGGAAAUCAACAACAAUAUUUUUUCCAUCCUUGGAAGAACUACAGAUAGAUGAUUGCCCAAAUCUUAAAGGAUAGUGGAAGGGUGAUGUUGAGUUGGAGUUGAAGAAUACCAGCUCAAAGCCAUUCCAAGAGACAAUGAAGUUGAAGAUGACAAAAAUAGAACCAUCAUCAUCAAUUCUAUAUCCUCUCUCCAAACUGGAAUCUCUGGAAAUUGAUGAGGUCAAAGAUCUUGAUUCUCUGUCAUCAUUGCAUUAGUUGUAUUCCCUCAAAGUUAUUUUGCUUUCAAGAUUAGAAGCUUUGGAGAAUGUUUCGGAGACUGAAAUGCAAGAGGGGUUGGUUUCAGGGAAAUCAACAAUAAUGUUUCUUCCAUCAUUAGAAACACUAUAUAUAAUAGAUUGCCCAAAUCUUAAAGGAUGGUGGAAGGGUGAUGUUGGUGAAGCUUCAAAUCCACACUUGCAGUGCUUUUCUUGCCUUUCACAUUUAGCUAUCGAGCAUUGCCCUAAUCUAACCACUAUGCCAUUGCUUCCAUCUGUUAAAACGUUGAAGUUGAAGAAUACCAGCUCAAAGCCAUUUCAAGAGACAAUGAAGUUGAAGAUGUUGCGCGGAAGCGUGUGAAAGAGUAAAAAUAUUGUACUGAAAAAUCACACUAAGUUCAAUUCCCAGGAAAGAGAGGUAGAUCACGAAGAUCAUUUAAAUA